UGCCUGCUUAUUGGCCAUGAAUAUCCUGAUUCAAACCGGCUUAAAUAGAGUAGAAAAAACGAUAUGCCAGGUUGUUUCUGCUGUACUUCAGUAUUCUGUUCUCUCGGCCUUCUUCUGGAUGCUUCUGGAAGGAAUACUGCUGUACAGGAUGGUGAUCACAGUGUUUCAGACAAAGAAUAUACGAACCUUCGUACUCUACAUCGUAGCUUAUGGUAUCCCAGCUUUCAUCGUUGUAUUUUGUUCUGCAAUGUAUCCUACCGAGAUGAUCAGGGAAAAAUAUUGUUGGCCAGCUAAAGAAAAAGGUUUAAUUUGGAGCGUGUUGGGUCCAGUGGUACUCAUUAUUGUGGUGAAUUUAAUUAUUUUCGGCCUGACUCUAAACGCAGCGGCCAGAAUCAACAAAAUGAAUUUCGACAACUCCUCUUUUGAAAGCAAAAAGAAGACUUUGGUACAAAGAUCAAAAGGCAUGGUGUCUCUGACGUGCUUGCUGGGGUUCACCUGGGCCAUUGGAUUCUUUUACGUGCCGAUGAAAGUAGUGACCGCCUACGUUUUCGUCGUCCUCAACGGACUACAGGGUUUCUUUCUGUUUCUAACUCAAAUUAUCUUCAACAAUCCGGUACGGCAAAAACUCUUUGCCAUUUACAAAGAAAAUUUCACGAGAUUCUCUUCAAAGACUUCUUCUUUUCAUGUCUUGAAUAUUAAAGCCACCCGAAAUGCCAAAAACAAAGCAAAAGAGGCAAAUGACAAGAAGUUGAAGCCAUCGAAAUCCGACCUGUCCAUCAUAUGUUCAGCUAGUGAGGGGGACCCAGCUUCUGCCCCUCCACCCCCGUACGAGGAAUUGCAAGUGCGACUGACUGUUUUUGAAAGUGUCCAAAGGACCGAAGAAUCCUGCCAUCCUUUUGAAGUGAACGCGGAACCAAGGGUUUCGUCCGGUUAUUUGCCACCCAUUGUCCGACUUCAGUGAAAGACUUUCAUGUGAAAAAAAGUGUCCGUACCCUGGUAAUUUACCCCCUUGAACUGUGAAUUUAUUUAAACUCUUAAUUAGACGAAGCGUUUUAUUUUGAACAGUCAUAAUUAUGUCUAUGCGUAUUAGAAAAGGUAAAGACACCCGAGAAUAUUUGUGCAUUUCCAGAUUAAAUUCGUCUUUCAAAAAAGUUGCUGAUAUAAUUUAAAUGCAGAUUCAAAUAUCGAAAAUUUCUUACUCGAUGCAUGAUUUUGAAUAUAUCAUUUCAGUAUAAAGA